CCAGCCCCGGACACACACAGGGACAGGGACAGGGACAGGGAGAGAGACGGGGGGGAGAGGGAGAGCCGGAGCCCCGCUCCUGAAGGACAUGAAUCCUCCGGCUGCGGCUGAUCUGGUUUUGCUGCAUGUUCUCACCCCGACCCUGGAGGAAGGAGGCGGCCCCGGCCCCGGCGCCAUCCCCAUCCCCAUCCCCGGCCCGGGCUCGGGCUCGGCCCCGGCCCCGCUCCUGAAGCCAUUCCCCGGGAGAGGCGGCCCGCUGCUGCAGGAUGCCGCCGCCGCCUGUCAGCUGCAGCCUUUCGGCUUCCCCGGAACAAAAGGGUCGCGGCCGCAGCUGAUGGUUUUCCGGAACUUGGUCCGGCCGGAGGACGGGCUGCGGGGGCCCGGGAGCGGGACCGGGGGCGGCCGCGGGGACUGCUCCCGGGGUGAAGCCCGCUCUCCCCCGGGCUCCCCGGGAGCUGCGGGCCGGGGAGGCGGAGGUUGCUGCUGCCGCCGCCGCCGGGAGGAGCGGGUCUGCUUCGACCUGGCCCGGGACUUUGGCGGCUUCUCGGUGGCGGGCGCCGGGGGCGAGUGGCCCCCGCUGCCGGCCUGGGGGUGCUCGCAGGCGGCCGAGGGGGUGGCGGUGACCGGGGAGAGCUCCGGGACCCGUUCCCCGAGCGAGGAGGAGGAGGAGGAGCCGACCGAGACCAGCGACGCGCUGCUGGUGCUGGAGGGGAUCGAGCUGGAAGCCGGAGGAGGAGGAGGGGGAGCGGACAGCGGCUCCCCCGGGGAUGACCCUCCCUCUCCCGCCGCCCCUCCGCCUCCCUCCCCCGGUCUGACCGAGCCUGGGAGUCCGGGGGCUCUGCCCAAAGUCCGGCUGAGCCGCUGCUCCAGCUCCCCCAGCCCGUCGCUGCAGAGGGGCGCCGAGGAUAAGCUGCUGGGUCGCCUGCCCGGCAAAAGCCGCAAGAGCUCCCUGAAAAUCCGCCUCAGCAAACUCUUCCGCACCAAAAGCUGCAGCGACCCAGCAGCCAAGAGACAUUCCGUGGAGCUGGACACAUCGGCUGGCUGCCUGGUGGAGAUCUCCCAGCUCCAGGAAGGUUACACCAUCAGAAGCAAGCCCAGGCUGACACGGACACAAAGUGCCUUCACUCCAGUGUCAUUAGCAUCACCUUUUACAGGAGAAACUGUGUCACUGGUCGACCUGGACAUCUCUCGUCGCGGGCCGCCCUCACCUCAUCCACCGACUCCUCCACCCCCACCUCGCCGAAGCCUCAGCCUUCUCGAUGAUAUUGUGGGGCAACAGACUCUGUCGUACCCAGUGAACCCGGCUGCUGCUUGCUUACAGUCACUGCCUCUACCACCACCUCCCCCACCUCACACUUCCAUCCAGCUCAGUCUCAGCUUAAACGACACUGGAUUUCUUUUGCCUCUUGCAGACACCUUGCAGAGAAACUCGCCUCAAAUUCGGCCGAUGACCGUGCAACCUCCGAACUGCCUGCUCAACAGGAGGGACUCCAACACCUUUGCAGCCAGCUUACGGGAACUUGAAAAGUGUGGCUGGUAUUGGGGCCCGAUGAACUGGGAUGAUGCUGAAAUGAAGUUGAAGGGUAAACCAGAUGGUUCGUUCCUGGUAAGGGACAGUUCGGAUCCACGUUACAUCCUCAGCCUCAGCUUUCGCUCCCAAGGAAUUACACACCACACCAGAAUGGAACAUUAUCGAGGAACCUUCAGUCUCUGGUGUCAUCCGAAAUUUGAAGACCGUUGUCAGUCUGUUGUGGAGUUCAUUGAAAGGGCCAUCAUGCAUUCCAAAAAUGGGAAAUUUCUGUACUUUCUCCGCUCGCGUGUCCCUGGUUUACCGCCAACCCCAGUCCAGCUCCUGUACCCUGUCUCUCGCUUCAGCAACGUCAAGUCCCUGCAGCACCUCUGUCGCUUCCGAAUCCGACAGCUUGUCAGGAUAGAUCACAUUCCGGAACUCCCACUCCCAAAACCUCUCAUAUCGUACCUACGGAAGUUUUACUAUUAUGAUCCUGAGGAGGAGGCUUACCUUUCUCUCCAGGAAGCACGGCUCCGCAUCACUCACGAACAGGACAUGGACACCCAGACGUAGCUGUUGCAGAAAUAUCACUCGAACCAUCUAAAACAAAUUGGAGGGUUACUGAGGACACUGGAAACGGUACAGUCUGACUGGAUUGUUAUGCCAGGAGCUGCUUAUGACGGAGGGACGCUCGUCAAUUUUCCUGAAAUGCUCCUUAUUCCCAAAGUUUAUUUCGACCCGUUGCUCACGCUGGUGUAGUAGAGGGAGGGGAGGAGGACGUAUUGGGAACGUGAGAGAUUUCCUCCCGUAAUACACCUGGAUGGGACAGGACAAUCGAACGAUGGUUGAUGGAUUUGCACUUUCUACAGAGAAAGACUGGUGUUACUAACUUGCAGCUUUUUGCUGGGGAGGCAGAUGUUCUCCUGAAUCCAGAGACGUUCCAAGUGUUUCGUGCUGAGAUGCCUAAUGCUCAAUGAAUGCCUGGAAGGGGUUAUAUUGCACAAAUUUUGUUUUUAGUUAAUUUAUGGAUUAAACUACUGUUUAUAUUCACAGGCUGUUUAACAUGUAGCUCUCAGAAACCACUUGCAGGUUACUAUUAGAUUAGUACGGCACAGAAAGAGACCAUUCAGCCCUCUGUCUCUGCUGGCUCACUGCAGGUACACAUCUGAUGUUUUGGUUGUAGUCCUGCAAUUUCUUUUCAGAUAAUUAUACAAUUUGCUUUUGAAAGCUGCAACUGAAUCUCUGUGCCCAGACCCUCAUGAUUUUGAACAUCUCUAUCAAAAUUCUUUUGGACUUUCUCCUCCAAGGAGAAUGGUCACAUAUCUCCAGUCUCUCUACAUCAUUGACAGUCCUUGUCUUUGGAACCGUUCUUCGGAAUCAUUUCUGAACCCUGAAUGCCUUUAAAUCAUUCCCAAAGUGUGAUUCCCAGAACCGGACGCAGUGCUCCCACUGAGGCCAAACCAGCGUUUUCGUGCAGCUUUAGCUUGCUUGCUUCUGUACCUUCUCCCAUUGAUAAGGCCCUGAAUGUCAUAUGCAUUAUUAACGACUUGACCUGCCCUGCCAUCUACAAUUAUUUGUGCACACAUGUCCAACAGAUUUCUGUUUUUGCAUCCCCUUUUGAAUUGUGCUGUCUGUUUCAUAUUUUCUGUCCUUGCUUUUCCCUCCAAGAGUUGGCUCAGUGGUUAGCACUGUUGCCUCACAGCACCAGAGUCCCAGGUUCGAUUCCAGCCUCGGGGGACUGUCUGUGUGGAGUUUGCGCAUUCUCCCUGUGUCUGCAUGGGUUUUCUCCCAUAGUCCAAAGAUGUGCCGGCCAGGUGAAUUGGCCAUGCUAAAUUGUCCAAAGUGCAUUAGUCAGAGGGAAAUGGGUCUGGGUGGGUUACUCUUUGGAGGGUUGGUGUGGACUGGUUGGGCCAAAGGGCCUGUUUCCACACUGUAGGGAAUCUAAUCUAAUCUUAACUGCUGGAAAAACCAGCAUUGAUUUAAUGAUUAAUCCAGAUUUAUUCAAAUAAUUUAUUGGCCAGUAGUUGUUUGAGUUAAUCGUGCAUUUUGUUUUUAGAAUCGAGGUGCAACAUUUACAGUUAUUCAGCUCUUUGGCACCAUCCCUAUAACUGAGGAGAAUUGGAAGAUGAUUGGAAAUUACAGAUAUGCUGGCGUUGUUAUUUUCCUCCAUAUCUUUGGAUCACUUCAUCCUGUCCUGGUUCUAAUACCCCUUUCUCUUUUAAUUAUUCACCCUCUUCAUGUCCCAACUUCUGCCUCUUUGACUGUGAUAUCAUCUGCAUUCUACAAGACUGUAAUACUCUGCAUGUCUCUGUUAACUAAAUUGCUAACUUAUUUCACAGAAAUAAACUUAAGACUUAAAUAAGAACUCAGCGCUCGUCACCAAUCAUCUGGUCCCUUGGACUGACAUCUGUUUUAUCGGGAGAGAAACGUGAAUGCUUUUACUUAACACUUUAUUGAUUAUACCUCCAAUUUUAAUUUACUGAAGAAUUCAAAAAUCUUUCCUGUUAAUAUCUUGUACUUCAUUUGAAGUUUAUCCCCUGAUUGAUUAAUUGAAUGCAUUAUAAAUAAAUGAUCUAA